AUGUCAAGUUUAUCCUCACCAACAGUCAACCCAUCUACUCCUAGUACUAUUGCCAACCCAAUAGAUAUUUCAAAAACAGUCGUUACAUUUACUGAUGGAACACAAGAAAUUCAUACUAGACCAUUGCACUUAACCAAUUUACUUACACAUCCCUCACUAAAUAAUAGUGAUUUAGUUGGUAUUAUGGUCAAUGGAAGAGUGUAUUCAACAAAUGCUAUCAUUAAUAUUGGUAUUGCUAAUAUUACUCCUGUAUUUUUAAAUUCUUAUGAGGGAUUUUCAAUUUAUAGAAGGUCAUUGGUUAUGGUAUUUGCUACUGCUGCUUUUAUGACAUAUGGAACAAAGUUUGGAGUUACUGUUGAACAUCAUGUCAAUAAUGGAUAUUGUAUUAAUAAAUCUAAUGGAAAAGAGUUUACAGAAGAAGAGUGUAAUACUAUUAAAAACAAAAUGAAAGAAUUAAUCAAUGAGAAUAAAGAGAUAAAAGAAGUAGUUCUAUCACAUGCAGAAGCAAUCAAUUAUUUCACAGAAACUAAUAGAGGAAUGACACUUUCACUUUUAAAAAGUACAAAUAAUGAAGAAGUUAAAUGUAGUUAUUUAGAAGGAUUUAUGACAUUAUUUAUCAGACCACUUUUAGGAAGAACAGGAAUAUUAAAAGAUUUUAAUUUAAUACUAGGAACUGAUAAAACAGGAAUGAUGUUAUUAUUCCCUCAAGAAAACAAACCAAUUCCAAAAACAAUAAAAGAAAUUGAAACAAAAAAGAUCAUAGAAAAUUACAAAGCAACAAAUAAAGUAGCACGAGCAGUUGGAAUUGAAUGUAUUGGUGAUCUCAACAAGAAGAUUAUAAAAGGAGAUAAAACAACUGUAAUGAUGAUGGAAAAUAGACAAGAUAUGGAAAUAGCACAAAUAGCAGAAGACGCUAUUGAAAAGAUUAAAACAAGAGGAGUUAAACUUAUUUCUAUUGCAGGGCCAAGUGCAUCAGGUAAGACUACAUUUAGUAAAAAACUUGGAGUACAAUUAAAACUUAGAGGAAUUACACCAGUUGUAUUAAGCACUGAUGAUUAUUAUAAGCACCGUGUAGAUUCUCCUAAGGAUGAGUAUGGAAAUUAUGAUUUCGAGUGUUUAGAAGCAUUGAGACUUGAUGAUUUGAAUGAUACACUUACACGACUCUUCCGAGGAGAAGAAGUUCAUCCAUAUGUUUUUGAUUUUGUGUCAGCACCACUCACACAAUUGAACAUUGAUGAGUAUAAUUUCAUAGGAAAUCAAGUAUUAAGAUUUUAUAGAAGAAUUGUACGAGAUUAUUUAACUAGAAAUUAUACAGCAUCACAUACAUUAAAGAGUUGGUUUAGUGUUGCUAAGGGUGAAGAAAAAUACAUAUUUCCAUUUGUUGAUCAAGCAGAUAAGAUAUGGAAUUCUUCAAUGGAUUAUGAGAUUGCAGCUAUUUAUCCAUAUGUUCUUCCACUAUUAAAAACUGUUCCUGUUGAUGAUCCAAACUAUAAUAUGGCACGUAACUUAUUAGAUACACUUGAGUUGUUUAUGCCAGUUGAUGAUCAUCUUAUUGGAUCUACCUCAUUGAUCAGAGAAUUUAUUGGAGGAAGUGUUUUUGAAUAA